AUGCCGUUCAUUUACGAGCCAAUCUCUUCAUCAGUGAACGCAUUUAUCAUUUACAGCUUGACAUCUUGGACGUCUGAUAUUCACCAACAAUUCUGUCGCUGCCACGAUGGAUACUGGUCUCGAUGAUGCUGUCCACCCCGAGCUUCAGUCUCUCCGGUCGCAAUUGCGAGGCAUUCUACAGGACAUGGCAAAUUUCGGGCCCACUGUCUCCAAACCUCCCAUACUGGACACGUCCUUCGAUCAUGGUCGACCAGAGGGUGAGAAGGAGAAUGCAAAUGCCGCGCCCCACGAAUCGGUCUCGGGCUUGCGCGCCUUGCGCGAUGCCGUCAGGCGGGACUUGGAUGUCCUGGAGAAAUUUUUGGAUGAUCCACGCUGCGCCUCCCUGCCGCCUCUAUCAACGAAUGCGCCAUACCUGAUUGCUGUGUGGAACGAAGUCCUGUUAGCGACGCCACCAGUCGUUGCCAUUUGGCGGACGUAUUAUGACUCGCAGCAUGUGCGCUCUGCGUCUAAACGUCGCUCUCAGAAACCUCCGGGAGUGAAGGUCGACGUUGUUGUGGACAAUGGUCGACGAUGGGUCCGCGUCUAUACGACAAAAAACUCCCGCAUGCUCGCGGAGUUUGGCGAAAUAGACUCUUACAUGACCGACUCAGAAGACGGGUCCGACGAGGAAUCUGGGGACCAUGGCUCCAGUCUGGCAUCUGCAUCAUUUGACAACUCCAUCCUGAAAGCGGGCCGCGCACUUAUCAAGGCAGCGCAGGAGAACCCGCUGCCGGGUACGAACGAACCACCGGCAGUGACUAUGCGUCUCACACGCCUGGAACCCUCGCCUUCCGACCCGAAAGACCACGACCCACGCAUCGCUGAAACAAUAGAUGAGCUGAAGAAGAUGGGGAUAGACGUGCAGCUCGGAGAGAGGGAGGUUAGUUCCGUUUCACGCCCUACUACUCACCCGCCGAAGCAUAUUCCCCGCUACGAGCCAACGCUCCAUAUCAAUUUGGACCUCUCCAUCCUCAUCGCCCUCGUGUCCGACAUCACGCACGCACCGUUACCGAAGUCACCCGAGGAGGCCGAGGCGCGAUUCGUUCCUCCUCCGCAGUAUCGCGAGUGGAAGAAGAAGCGCAUCGAGAUGACCGAGGGCGUGGAUGCUGCUGCGUAUCUUGAAGGCUGGAAAGCGGACGAGGGUCUCGGAGUUCAUUCCAGAGCUUUGUCGAACCAAGCGCUACAGGAAAUGGCGAAAGGUCUGAUUCAGGACAUCCAUGAUCACCUGCGUGCCCUCGCAGGACCAUCGAGUACUCCAGGGUUCCCUCCUGUCGAAUUCUGGACGACGCCGGACGCAUGGGAUCGCUUCCUCCGGAUCGUGCUCUCUCGUAUCGGAGGCACGAACGAAAAGCGCCGUGCACAGGCACUGUUCCAUCCCGUUGCGGACCCUGCGAUGACUCGGGAAGAAGCGGAGGAGUCCUACUGGCGGGACUCUCGGUACCCCAGGGGGUUCCUCCCAUUGCUUCCUAUUAAGAUCUUCCCGGCUUCUGAGCCCGAACCUGGUCUCCAGCCACCGUCACAUGCUUACGGCGAAGGAGGACAAGCAGAGCGCCAGCCGCUGUCUCCCUUCUUCCGACAAUUAGCAGGCACGUGCAGGAGGAUACUGGCACAAGAAACAACUUCUCCAUCUGGGACCUCGACACCGUCUCUAGAGGAGCCGAGCCACUCCACGCCCAAAAGCGCGCGCGAUAUCGGAGAGAUGAACGUGGAUAUGAUCCCGCGUGCGGCAGUAACGAAGGUGAAUCCGCGUCUGACGGUGCAUACAAUGCAGAGCAUGCUGUGGGGCACGGUGCGCGGGUGGACGACGCUGACGGCGAACAAGGCGAGCGUGAAGGCAAUCCUGAAGGAGAUCAAGGCUGCGCGGGAGGCGGGCACGGAGAGGUAUGAUUAUGAGUUUCAGGAGACGGGAGGAGAAGCGGGCGACGAGGUGGAGAAGGCUGUGCUUUGGGUAGUGGAUCCGAGGAGUCUGGCGGAAGGAAUGCGGUCGGACCUUAACGGCUCGUCUUCAUCAUCAUGAAUGUUCGCACUGCGUUUCGAGACAAUAGAGACAAUAAUCCACCUCCAAAAGCGGAACCUGUGUGUCUGGGAAGAAUCGAUGGCCCGUGCCAUAAUUGCAGUGAUGCCACUAUGCUACAGGGCCGGUUGGUCACAUCUGGCAUUGGCGGCUAUCGCAGGGCCGCUAUCCGUCAGGGAGCUUUGGCGUUCCAGGUCCGAAAAGAUCUGCAUGCAAAGGAAUGUGCUGGAUAGCAGCAAUAAACGUGGCGAUCAUGCACCACCUCUGGUUUCAUUUUCACG